UCGCCUCAAAAGCACCCAUGCCGACAGAUUCGAGCACACACCUCUGUGAACUCGCACCCUUCCAUUCAUUCCACUCCCUUGCUCCCUCAGAUUUCUUGCCACUUAUCUUUUGCGCUACUGAGUUCAUCUCUCGGCGAUUAUCGGCUGGGCUUGCUGUGGCCGUCCUCUCGAGUAGCUUAUUGUCGUCCGCUGUGAGAGCUUGAAACGCUGGGUCACGGUUGACGCCAUGGCCGAUUCUCUAUCCGCAGAGACCGCCACGCCGGCAGCGUCUGCUCCUGUGAGGGACCGCCCGUUCGGCAGGACGAAAUCCGUCAGGGAGCUGCUUGGCGGCGGCAAGGCGGCGGAUGUGCUUCUAUGGAAGGAUUGGAAGUCGAGCGCGGGAAUCCUGGUAUCGGUGGCGGGGCUGUGGAUCGUGUUCGAGCGGUCGGGCUUCACGCUGCUCACGAUCCUCGCGGACGUGCUCAUGAUCCUCAUCUCCCUCGUCUUCGCCUGGGCUCAAGUAUCCUCGUUAUUGAAUAAGCCCGGCCCGGCGUUCCCCGCGCUGAGGCUCUCGGAGGACGUGGUUCGCUCGACGGCGCUGCGUCUGCGGGACCAGGCGAACCGCGCGCUGCUGCUGGCGCACGACGUGGCUCUGGGCAAGGACUACAUGCUGCUCAUCAAGGUUCUGAGCACGCUCUACCUGAUCUCCGUGGUGGGGGGGUGGUUCCACUUCCUCACACUCGUCUUCACUGGCGUGCUGGUGGCCUUCACCCUGCCGCUGUUGUACGACCGGUAUGAGGACCAGGUGGACGCGCACCUCUCUCAGGCGCUGGCGCAGAUUAGCCACGCCAAGAGCCUGCUGGAGGACAAGAUGGGGGGCCUGCUCAAGAAGCAGAAGCAGAAGAAGGUGGAGUAGCGGAUUAGAGGAGUAGAGGGGGGUGGAGUUAGGGAGGUUUGUCCUGCGCGUGGAUAUGCACUGAAUUGGUGGUCCUGUACAGGUUUUUGGAAGUUGGGAAUAUGAAGUUCCAUAUGGUAGAUGGUGCCCUUGGUGUUUGUUUUAACAGAGCGGUACACCUGUUUUCAGGCUUCUUAAAACCUCUGUUGCCCUCCUCGAGCAAAUGCAACUUGGGCUGUUGGAGCAAAUGCUGUAGAAAAGUGUGCA